AUGACAUGUUCGAUUAAAAUUCACUUCAAGUAUCUUCGCAAAGUACUGGUCGCUCCGAUUCCAACAUUUUUCGAUGUGACCCCCAUUGGACGAAUCUUAAAUCGGUUCUCGCGAGACCUUGACGAAGUUGACAAUCAGCUCCCGUACGGGGGGUUAUGGCUACUACUGUGUGCUUUUCAAGUGGCGUCGUCGUUUUGUGUUUGUGCCGCUGUGAACCCAUUUGUGCUCUUCAUGUACAUCCCUGUUGGGUAUGGUUGCUGGUUUGCUGCGAAGGUCUACCUGUCUUCAGCGCUUGAGCUAAAAAGACUUGACGGUGUCUCCCGGUCACCUUUUCUCAACUUGGUAUCCGAGACGAUUUCGGGUUUGGACACGGUGCGAUCUUACAAUAUGACGGGUGCAUUUGCGAAGCGAUGCGAAGAACUGCUCAACAACAACAUGAAAUUCUACUUUAUCAUGCAUUCAGCGUCCCGUUGGUUCGAUAUGCGGACAGAUUGGUUUAUAUCUGUCAUCAUUGGCACUGUUGCACUUCUUGCAGUUGCAACUAAGUCAACGGUUGGAGCUUCCGUUGCUGGUCUGAGCUUAACCUACGCGGCGCAGUUGUCUUCAAGCUUCCAGAGGAUGACGACACUUUCAACUCGAGUGGAGAACAGUAUGACUUCUUUUGAACGCAUUGCUCACUACAAGUCGCUGGAUGAAGAAGGCGACCAAUGUGUACCUACUAACGAAGGCUCCCUACCUCCAGCGUGGCCCCGUUCAGGUGAUAUUGUCUUUGAAAAAGUCACAUUGCGGUAUCGAAAGGAUCUGCCCAUCAUACUCAAGGACGUCUCGUUUUUCGUUAAAAGUGGCGAAAAAGUAGGCAUCUGUGGACGCACGGGAUCUGGGAAGAGCUCGCUAAUGAGUGUGCUAUUUCGCGUCGUUGAGAUCCCAAACGGUGGUCGCGUUCUCAUGGAUAUCUCGACGAUUACAGUGCAACAACUACGUUCAAAACUGACAAUUAUUCCACAGGACCCAAUGUUGUUCAGCGGCUCACUACGUAUGCAUUUGAACCCGUUUGCGGACAAAAGUGACGCAGAGUUGUGGGAGGUACUGCGUAAGGUGCAUUUGCAUGACACAGUUGCAGCGUGGGGCAAAGGACUUGACUACGAGGUGGCUGAGAAGGGAGAUAACUUGUCUAUUGGACAGAGACAACUACUCUGCAUUGCACGGGCGCUCAUUCGGGAUAGCAAGGUGAUCGUGAUGGACGAGGCCACCGCAAAUGUCGACCAGGAAUCGGACAAGUUGAUCCAGCAGACGAUGAAAGAGAGAUUUGGGAACACUGACCAGACAGUCCUCUGUAUUGCGCACCGCAUCGAGACGAUCAUGGAUAGUGACAAGAUUUUGGUAUUGGAUGCAGGUCAAGUGGUGGAGUACGACAGCCCUUCUACUCUAUUGCAGCUGAAAAAUGGAGCGUUCAGCGGCUUCGAGAUCGACGUAGGCGAUGUCGAUGACCUCCGCAAUCCGAACCCCACGAGAGGUGGCAGCACGUUGGCUGCUGGAGCUACAGAAACAGGAGCCACCACUGCUGACGUGAAGCGCUGUGACGAAGAUGGCCCAGUCUCGCUGACUCUGUAG